AUGCAACCAUACUCAAGAUCAGGAGGUACAAGAAGAUGCUUUUAUGAAUUUCAAUCGUGGAUGUCGUGUGUGACAUCUGCUGACACUACAUCUGUCAAACAAUGCAAACCAGUAUUUGAAGAUUAUGAAGAAUGCUUACAUGGAUUAAAAGAAAAGGAGAAAGUAAGACUUAUGUUACAACAGUUAAAAGAUAAUGAAACAAGCAAGAACGGAGUCACUGCUUCUGAGUUGUACAAAGCUUCAAACACCAUAUAUGAGAAUUUGGAUUUGAUAAAAAGAGAAUAA